AUUUUGUUUUCCAAUUUGUACAACCAAAUAUAACCUCACCGACAGAAAAUGAUCUAAUUUGUUUGGCAAUACCAACUUCAAUUUAUAUCUUUAAUAAUGGAAAUUUACUUGCUUUAAUCCUAUAAAAUUUCCAGAAUCGUUGAGAACUGAGAAGGUACCAAAAAAAAAAAGGAAAAACGUAAAGUUGAGAAGGGCCACUCGCUUGGUAGAAUUUCUUGCAUUUUAUUAUUUUGAAAUUUGAAGCUGAAGGCACCAUUUUGAGACAGACACAACACAGAUCUGUCUUGAACUUCUCUGUGUUCUGAAACAGCAACAAUGACAAAAACCAUGACUAUGUGGUUUCUGUUGGUCUCUCUUUCCUUCAUUUAUGCUGUUGCCACUGCUAAUACUCAAAUCAAAAUUACUAACAACCCUGCGGACAAGUUGGUAGCUGCAAUCAACGAAAACAGAACUGCUCACAAGGUAUCAGCCUUAACCGACAACCCGGGGCUUGCGUGUAUUGCUCUACAAUACAUUAAGGCAUACCAGGGUGAAUGUGAUGCUGUGGGAGGAUCUGAUGGCAAGAAACCUCCUGAGUCUCACUUUGCUGAAGUUUUUGCCCCAAACUGUGGUGUUGAGGCAUCAACUCUUGCUCCUAUAACUGGUCGUUUCCUAGCGUGCCAGACUAAGUAUGUCCAUGCUCCGGAGGCAUUUUCUGAUAUCCUCAUAAGGAACCAAAAGAGCAUAGACAUACUCUACAGUAAGAAUCACACUCAGGUUGGUGCUGCUGUCACAGGUACUGAUGGGGGCUCUCCUUACUUCUGGUGUGUGUUGUUUAGCAGUGGCAAACCUAACAACACCUUUACUUUUGAGAGUGGUGUGGCUAAAAUAACAAAACCUGGUUGCUUUAGUGGAGCUAACGAUGAGUGCAGUGGUGCUAGUGAUUGGUCACCACUCAAUGGGAUGUGGGUAUUUGUCACUUCAGUUCUGAUUGCAAUGGGGUUUGCUUUAUCAUUGUGAUCAUAAACUGAGAUAAUCUGUGUGAUCUCUCCACUUGAUUUGGAUGCCUUUGUAGUCUUUGAUGUAUAUGAAAGGCUUGGCCUCGGCUAUUCCCCCCCGCUUGAUUUUGUAAUUUGUCAAGAGAUUCACGUCAAUUGUUUUCCCAACUUUCUUAUUUACAUAUAAAAUUUGUGGUAUUGGCUCUUGCAAAUUCUCUAA